AUGUGUCGUGAAAAAGGGAACGAAGAAGAGAGAAAAGAAGUGGAACAGAAGGGUUUGAAGAACGAAACUGGUGAAGCUGAAGGGAUGGGUCUGUUGCAAUGGCAACGCAAGUGGGGAGGAUCUCCAGAUGAGGGUACUGUACGGUCUACUCCGUGGGUAUCGUCAGUAUGGUAUGGAUCGUAUGGCCGGUACCUGAUACACGCCGGUACUGCGGGUGCAACCACGGCGCACUCUGGAACUGUGGUUGCCCCGACUCCCUUGCCGCCCAUCUUCCCAGACUACUGGCUGCACAGCAACCCAGCGCCUAUCAGCGUUCCCGACCCUCCGCUCUCAUUCUUUUUUGGGCUGGCUGAGACGCUCGGUGCACCCCCGUUCACUAGGUGA